AGAAGAGAAAUGAAAACUCCACUUGCGGAGAGAGAGAGAGAGAGAGAGAGAGAGAGAGAGAGAUUUGAAUUCUCCGGCGAGUUGAAACUCUCUAAAUAUUGCUAGUAAUGUCGCCAGUAGAAGAAGAAACAGCGACGCCGACAAUCUCCACGGAGGAUCCGGUGAGGCAGACGGCACGUAAUCCGACGGCCUCCCGUCUCCUUUCUCCUACCCUUAAUGUUUUUCCACUGGAAUCCAACGAUGAUAAUCUUGAGCGGGCGCAGGCCCGCGCCGCUCGCAUUGCGUCUAUUCGCCGCAAGUCCGUCGUCGCCGUCGGCCCUGCCUCCCCUCCUUUCCGUUCCAACCUCCUCAACCACGAACAAAUCAUGGAUCUGCUCAACAAUUGUCUCAAGCUCGCUAGCGAGAAUAAGAUUAAUCAGAAGAACACAUGGGAGCUGAACCUGAUAGACCAUCUUAGCGAGAUCAUCCAAACUAAACCUGAAGUGGACGAUGCUGAAACCAAUUUCCAGAAGGCAAGCUGCACUCUGGAAGCUGGGGUGAAGAUAUACUCACUGAGAGUUGAUUCGUUGCAUUCUGAAGCUUAUAAGGUCCUUGGGGGGAUCAAUAGGGUUGGCCGGGAACAUGAGAAUGAGAAUGUAGCUCAAGGAAACCAGGUGCAUGAUAGGACUGAGCAAGAAGAAAGCCUUUCCAGGAAAGAUAUUGAGAGAAAGUUGUCGCCUUUAUCAACAUUGGAAACAUCCUUUGAGGCACUAAACAUAAGGAAGUUUGAUGUGGCUUUCACCGUGGAUCCUCUUUACCAUCAGACAUCUGCCCAAUUUGAUGAAGGUGGUGCAAAGGGUCUAUUACUAAACAACCUUGGUAUAUGUGGCAAUUGUCGUGUUCUCUUUGAUUCAUUUGAAGUACCUGAGAAGUGUAUCUUGAAUGAUACAGAGAGUGGCCAAUCUGAUAUGAUCGACUUGUCAUUUGCUAAAGAGUAUAUUGACUUGAUGAUGAUUAAUAUGCCUAAAAAGGCCGACAUUUCACCCACUUUGAGGGACAUUAUGGACCAAUUUGGUGACAAAAACCAUAGGUUACACAAUGAAUUCUCUGUUGAGGAACAUUCUAUUGGCCAUGGCGAGACAGAUGAUGUUGACCAUCCCAACUUGGAGGGCGAUUUUUGUCCGGAUGUUUCUGAUAACGAUGAUCAUAUAAGCGUAGUUGAUGAUAAUUCAAGAAGUGCAAAUGUAGAUUUUUCCAGUAAUAGAGAGGACAUUGCAGAGCACUCGUUUCAAGAUCUAGACACUAAUAUCAGAGUUGACGAGAUUGCUGAUUUCUUGUCUUUUGGCCUAGGCUUCACUUCUAAAACAAAUGCUUGGGCUGGUCCAGAUUAUUGGAAAUACAAGAAAUCUAAAGGUUCAGAACAAGUUUUAGGUUCUGUUGAAAAACAAGAAACAACUACUAAAAAAGCAAAAGUAAAAAAAUUAGCCACUGAUAUUGAUUUCUCAAAAUCAAUUGAUAUGGAGUUUCCUAACAUCUUCGACGCACCAAAAAAUCGUAAGUCUUUGCUCUUACCAACCAAAAGAGCAUCCUGCAACAUUUUACUUCCAGAAGACUGUCAUUACAAGCCUGAAAGUCUUGCAAAGCUAUUUCUUCUUCCGGAGGUUAUGUGCUUUGGCAAGAAAUCAAGAAAAUUACACGAUGAACCGGGAGAACCAAAUGAUGGUGCAUCGUGGGACAAAGAGAGUGUCAACAAUGAUCAGUGUGAUGAUGGAAAUUUUAAUAGUGAUAUAGAUGAUCCAGGAAGUCUUGUUCGUCUGCCAAGACAGGUUUGCACCUAACCCACCCUUACAUUUGAA